GACGCAUGGCACUAUUAAAGCAGUUUACAAGCAGUGCACAGUGUUUUCCCAUUGGCAACGUGUCAGUAACGGAGUUAUUCUUCAUCGUCGAGAUACAUGCAAAUACGGUCAUUAUUAGGAUUUUAAGGCAACUGUCGUCUUGGAGACUCCCUGUGAAAAUGGAAUCGUUUCUACAGAGCUCUCGCGAUGCGCUUGAGAGUUUAAGCAGAGACAGUCCCGGCUUACACAUAGUCAUGGGAAAUGAGGCUUGCGACUGUGACUCAAUGGUGUCUGCCCUUACGUUUGCUUAUUUCCUGUCUAAGACGUUGGAGCCGGGAAAGGUGGCGGUGCCCGUCCUCAACAUCCCGCGGGCGGAAUUCCCGUUGCGGACGGACAACGUGUUCCUCCUGAAAGAGACCGGCCUCGCACAAGACCUGCUGGUGUUCCGUGAUGAGAUCAAUCUCCAGGGUCUGCACCAGGCGAAACAGCUGGCCCUAACGCUGGUGGACCAUAAUGUCCUCCCUAGCGGAGAUGCUUUCCUGGAGGAGGCUGUGGUGGAGGUGAUCGACCACCACCUCCUAGAGAGGAAGCCGUCGCCCGUGUGCCCGGUCACCGUGGAGACCGUGGGCUCCUGCACCACGCUGGUGACGGAGCGGAUCUUGCAGAAGGCCCCCGACCUGCUUGACCAACAGGUGGCACAGCUCUUAUAUGGCACGAUCGUGUUGGACUGCGUGAACAUGGCGCCUGAGGCUGGGAAGGUCACUCCUAAAGAUAGCCAGUAUGCCGUCCUCCUGGAGUCUCGAUUCCCUAACCUGCCACCGAGAGGCGCCCUCUUUCAGUCCUUGCAGAAUGCCAAGUUUGACGUAUCGGGCCUCACCACCGAACAGAUGCUGUUGAAAGACAUGAAGACUGCCUCUGGUGGAGACCUCAACUUGGCUGUUAGUGUUAUUUACAUGACGCUGGAGGCUUUUCUACAGAGACGUGGCCUGCAGCAAGAGCUCUGCGAGUUCUGUCACAAGCACAAAUACAACCUGCUGGUAGCCAUGACGAUCUCAUUUCGUGAAAAUAACGAGCCAUUUCGGCAGCUUGCGGUCUACAGCUCCAGCGCUCUGUACAGAGAGGAGAUGAGCCACGCUUUGCAAAAAGCUCAAACCCCCAGCUUGGAUCUUUCUCCGAUGAGCAGCCCAUACAAUGACGUGAAGGCCUACAUCCAGGGCAACACACUGGCCUCUCGCAAGAAGGUCUUGCCCAUCGUCAAGGACUUCCUCAAGUCUUGGGAGAAAAAAACGGCCCCCUCCGGAAACCUGGACGACCUUGGUGACCUUGAGGGUGUCUGCUGCCCAGGUAUGGAAGAGGGGGGACGGUACCACUCCCACCAGUGCACGGAGGACUCGGGCAUGGAGGAGGACUCGAACGUGCCCCCAACGCCUAUGAACAGCUUGGUGGAGGGCUGCCCGCUGGACGACGGGCUGCCCAAGAUCAGCGAGGAAGCCAUUGUGGAGAAGUUCAGCAGGAUGGCCAGCCGGGACGAGCCCGAGGACGAGAAGGGCGCAGGGGAGCUCUGAAGGUCUCUCUGAAACGCCCAACUUCUGCCUCCCUCGCACCUGGGGCCCACGGAUCAGGAGCCUGUGUGAAACCUGCAUGGUUUUGCUGUGGAACUUGUGGGAUUUAUCUUGGCCUGAACCUGACUGACUGCAUGUGUGUAGUAAAGAUCUGCAUGAACAACGAAGCAACGAAGAGGGGACGAUGUGGAAGAGCAUCUUGGCUGUCGAUGCAGGUCAAACAGAGGUCAAUUGGAGAUGCUAAUAAAUUGGGAAUGUUUCACUGCUUUGGACUAGACAUGCUGCUGUUGAUGUGAUCCAACUGAGAAUGACAACGCCAAGCGUAAUUGCUCAGCGUGUGAGAUAUCUGCUUUAUUAUUAUUUUUGACUAGGUGAGUGGCCCUUGUGGUCUGUAUCUCCAGAUAUAUGAACCACCUUACGAAGUGUCCUCCUGAAAUUAGAAAUCCAAUUAAGCUUUUUUCAUCUUUUUCAUUAAGCCUUGAUGUUUUGAUAUCCAAAGCUAGAAUUUAUGAUCAGUUCAUAAUGUACAUUAGGGGAGAUAGAUUUAAAUUAAAGUGAAGUCGACCGGUUUGGUGAUGGAUUUUACAGCCCUUGAUCCCAAAGCUUUAAACCAUGUGGAUCCUUUCUGAAGUUUGUGAUGUAGGAUGCUCCUUAUUAAUGUUUUGGAAGGAUGCGAAACCAAGUGUGUUUUGUUUUAAACAUAAUAUGAAGGUUCCUAUCAGUGUAGCUGUAUGUGGGCUGCAUGUGAAGAAUGGUACAAAGGGCUUGCCGUACACAAGUUGAAGAAAUGUUGAAGUACAAUCAUGUGAUCCUCAGUAUAGAGGGCACUAGUGUUCAUGGUGGAUAUGUUAUAAAGCUAACUUAUUGAAGGUUUCUUGCCUUUAAUGAAAAACGGUACAAAGAACAUGUAUUACUCAAAAAUGUAAUCAUAUAGAGUAUAUAAUUUAUUAAGAUUAUUAUUUUGGAGUUCAUUAGGUUUUAUGUACGCAUCUUGUCAUGUAAUUUUGGACAAGAGUGUGGCUUUAACAUUUUAAGAUCAGAGCAAUGAAGCUUAUGCUAAGAUCAGUACUCUGUGACUGGUUUGAACACAGGCAGUGUUACUAGAGUUGCCUGUCUGUAAAUUGCAGGUGUGUUGCAGAGUUAAAUUAGACAUGCAUUAUCCAAAAGAAACAUGAUCAUGUGUUUUGGUGAUCUUGGAAAAAAAGAAAAAAAAAAAAAAAUAUAUAUAUAUAUAUAUAUCAGUGUUUUACAGGGUGAGCUUUAAAUUGAUUUUUGAUCACAACAUAAUUUGAGUAAUAUUUAAAAGUGACAUCACUUUGAUUAGGUGAUCUAUAUAAUUUCUAUAGCAUGUACAAAUGCCAAGUUGAGGAUUCCAUUGUUAUAUAUAAAUGUACUUAUAACCACCUUGGGGGGGGGGCAGCAGGCCCGUGUGACUGUUCAUGGCGUUUGCUAAUUUCUCAGUUACUUCACCAGUCACUAUUGGAUGGACAAUGUUUCUUUAACUGAAAAUUGGUCAAGUGUCAUGCGGCAAGUGUUGUUCAACCAUAUCUAUGACCAAAAUAUAGCUAUCUAUUUAUCCAUAAAUUGUACACACCUUACUUGAUAGUUUUACUGGACAAUCAGAUGUCAAUGACCACUUCAUGUCAGACUUAAUUGUUCUUGCCUCAUUUAAAAGUGGGCAAAUAUUGUGGGCAAAAUGUAUUGUUAUUAAUUAAAUGUUCUGUUCAUCCAGAUGUAUUCAAUUGCAAUUUCAAAGUAUUAAAUGAUUUUUAACACGU